GGGGGUGAGGUCUUUGCUCCUUAAAUUCUCAAAAACCAGACACUGCAGAAUCCCAAUGAAGCUUCUCCUCGUUCAGCUCAACCCACCUUCCCUAUCAAACUUUCUGCUCUUUUAUCUGGCUUUGAACUCAAUCACUCAUAAAAAAAGGGUUCUUGAUAUCACAUCUUUCAGAUUAAAAAUUUUCAAUUCCAUUUGUCCACUUUCUUUGCAAAUUGAGCUGGUGUUUAAUCUGUUGUUUGUAAUAAUUCCCGUUUCUCAACCAAAUCCCACACUCAAAUUUCACUCUCAUUUCCAUUCCAUAGCCUACUUUUUUUUCUCUGUAUUUCCACUCCAAGAUCUGUUGCCCCGAACUUGAGCUGCUGUUCAGUCGAGAAAUUAAUCUUGGAAAAUCUACUGAGCUAAACGCACGUUUGUGUUCUACUCUCUCUUCCAUCCCAUGGUUCAUUUCAUCGGGAAGUCCUCGCCCUGAUCAAUAUUCGCCUCGUCCUCUCUCUUCCGAUGCCCAAAGUUCUUGAAAGAGAAGAUGAAUCUGACCCACGUACCUACAAGAUCUACACCGCGCAUUGCUUGUGGCCGUCUCUAGCGAAGCCCGACAGCCGGUCCGGAGAUUUCAUUGCGCCAAUGAAGCGGUCGGUCCGCCCUCUGUUCAGCAUUCUUCUGAUCACCGUAUUCGCCUUCACCGUCAGCUUCCGCGCCCUGGUCCGCCGCGGUGCGGGCUCGGGCGCGUUCGAUUUCGACCUGAUCAACGUGUUGGCGACGACGACGCAGACGCCGAGGCCGACGACGUCGACGCCAGCGCCUUUGUUCAACUCCACGCUGCUCAGAUACGCGGCGAUUGACAUAGGAGAGGCAAAAGAAAAGGACGAGAUAGAGCAGUUGCUGGAUGGAAACGUUGGUGGCCAGGGCAGGUACCAGACCUUCGCCGCUUGGCGAAGGUUCAGUGACCCUGAAGUCAGAGAAAGGUCCUCCAAUGGAAUACCGUUGUCACUGCGGUCGCCGCAGAUUUAUCGGUACUGGUUGGAUUUCCGGAGAGGAUUGCAGGAAUGGGCUCGAAGGAAAGCGUUCUUUGAGCCGGAAAUCAUGUUGGAGUUGAUAAGACUACUGAAGCAUCCCAUCGAUAGGCACACCGGUUUGGUGGGUUCGGACAAACGGUACUCGUCGUGUGCGGUUGUGGGGAACAGUGGGAUUCUCUUGAAGAGUGAUUAUGGGGAGCUAAUUGACAGCCACGAGGUUGUGAUAAGAUUGAACAAUGCAAGAACAGGGGGAUUCGAGCGCAAUGUGGGGUGGAGGACCAGUGUUUCGUUUGUAAAUAGCAACAUUUUGCAUCUUUGCACGUGGAGGAAAGGUUGUUUUUGCCAUCCAUACGGCGACAAUGUGCCAAUCAUCAUGUACGUUUGUCAGCCGGUGCAUUUCUUGGACUAUACUAUGUGCAAUUCGUCUCACAAGGCGCCUCUGCUCGUCACUGAUCCACGGUUUGAUGUGUUGUGUGCGAGGAUUGUCAAGUAUUACUCCUUGAAACGCUUUGCGGAGGAGACGGGGAAGUCCUUGGAAGAAUGGGGGCCUGCUCACGAUGGGGCUAAUUUCCAUUAUUCUUCUGGUAUGCAGGCUGUGAUGCUGGCUUUGGGAGUUUGUGAUAAGGUUAGUCUUUUUGGGUUUGGGAAAUCGGCUUCAGCUAAGCAUCACUAUCAUACCAAUCAGAAAGAAGAGCUUGGGCUGCAUGACUAUGAGGCAGAAUAUGCUUUUUAUCGAGAUGUGGUUGAGAGGCCGUCGGAAAUACCCUUCAUUUCUGGCAAGUUCAACAUUCCUCCUAUGGUAAUAUACCAAUAAUUUUUUGUCCGUUGAAAUUAAUUUGCUGUAUUUUAUGUUGUAAAAGCAGUUCUUCCCCCAAUGAGAAAAACAGAGGGGCACAAUUUGUCGAACAUCUCUGUUUCAUAAUUCUGACUAUAAAUGUAAAACUGGAAUCCAGGAAUAUGAUUCAAGUUCCGGGUUCACAUAAAUUCAACUUUUCAUACUCAAAAGUUACAUCAAUCCACUUGGCUACAUACCAUCUUCAACAUGUUUAUCACUGUUUUAAAGUUCCUUUCUGUUACGUGUUUAAAUGGUUUGUUGGGUUCAGCUCUGCUUGAGUUGUCAUAGAGGCUCCUAUUGGAAACACAAAUAAAUGAAAUUUUUUCA